GAGAGAGGUAGCCGGGUCGACUUGACAAAACGGCUUACAAGGGCCCAUGGCGGCCAGCGACUCAUGCUCGCCUCGCGGGAAGCCCAACUCCCGCUGCAGCCUAUCAAUUGCUGUCGCAGCCCUGCGUGGGCGGUGUGCGCAUCGACCACACCCUUCUCGCCUUCCAGGGCUGGGCAGAGUUGCGAAUUUGACUUAUUACUGGCCGUUUUCUCCGUCCAAAAUGUCGGGCCGGGCCAGGACUGAAUCGCGUCGAAUCCAUCGAAGCCUCAGUUGAGUUUUUUUUUUCCCACACCGUCAGUAACUGCACGGAGGUUCCUAACGCAUCAUUGCGUUCUGUUGAGGAAUUAGGCCCUGAUUACUCAGGUUUGCUGGCACGUGCUUCUAGUCAAAAGAUGAGAAGGGUCGAGGCACAAAGAGAAGAGAAAAAAAAAGAAAAGAAAGAAAAUGCGACACCCGAUCGCUGGAUUUCCUCUUUUGGCCUCGGACAUGGAUGGCGAAAAUCUCUGAUCUGGAUCCACGCCCAUCGUCACUCGCUUAUUACUCACAGGCGGCCCCGGCCGGGGAUCAAAGGGGGCCCCCCAUGGCCAUUUCACCGUAGCAUUCGCAGUCCUGGGCCAAGCAGCGGUAUCCUGACAUGCGGCUGUCGAAUCGGUGAGCCUGGCACGUGCCCCGACGAACGGCACUGCCAGAGCAAGCAGCCGCAGGCUUUUUCCUUGUCACCUCCGGGUUUGAUAGAGCUAGCGCCCCAAGGUCCGUCAAAGCCAAGCCGUCCGUACUCUGUCGUGCGCAACCCUGUCGAGCACACGCAGUCGGUCAGGGGCAUAGGUGAGCCCGCGCAUUUGCGUCCGAAGGGGUCUUCCUCGCGGCCAAUGAACACAUUACGACUCGAGUCCUGUCUGCUGCCCUCCGAGACGUCCCAGAGGUCUGUUUUAGCCUAAAUACGGUCCCAAAGGACUCAACUGCAUCAGCGUCGUCCGAAGCUGCCGGCAAACUAUACUGAGGUUGCCUCCACCGCUCGCCUGAGUCAUCUUAAGCAGCGGUACUCUUGCCUUUUUGGAACCCCCCGACGGUCUAUACAGUUAUACGACCAGAUACCGUCUCGGAAUACAGAUGUCGCAACCGCUUCCGCAAUCGCCCGAGGGCGCCACCAUGGCUGACGUGGAAAAGGGCGCCGUUCCGGACCCGAAGGCCAUCGUGGAGGUGGCCGAUGUCGAGGCCUCGGGGCCCAAGCACGGCCAGGCCCCGAGCACGCUUGCCGGCCGCGUCCGCCAGUUCCUCCUGGAUGCCGCCCGCUCCGGGAGGCUAGAGGGCCGCGGCAUCGCCCCCGUGCCGCCCGAGGAGAGGACCAUGAAGAAGACGGUGACCGUCUUUACGCUUUGGUGGACCAUGAACACCAACAUCUUGGGCGUCAUAUUUGGCAUACUGGCGCCAACAGUCUUCGGCCUGCAGCUGCGCGAUGCCGCCCUCAUCAUCCUAUUCUUCAUGCUCCUGACCGCAACCCUGACCGGGUACUUUUCGACCCUCGGGCCCAAGACUGGCAUGCGCCAGAUGGUCCAGGCGAGAUACAGCUGGGGGCGUUAUCCCGUCACCCUCCCCGUGAUCCUCAACCUGUCCACCAUGGUCGGGUUCAUGCUGGUGCAGUGCAUCAUCGGCAGCCAGUGCCUCUCGGCCGUCGCCAGCGGCUCCUCGGCCGGCGGCGACGCCAUCGUUAGCCAGAACGCCGGCAUCGUCAUCAUCGCCCUGCUGGCCCUCUUCAUCUCCUUUUGCGGCUACCGCGUGCUGCACGUCUACGAGCAGUACGCCUCAAUCCCCGCGGCCAUCGCGCUUGCCAUCGUCGCCGGCCUCGGCGCCGCCGGCUUCCAGCGGCCGCUCCCCGAGCCGAACCCGCCCGCGACGGUGGCCAACACGCUCUCGUUUGGCAUGAUCGUCGCGUCGUACAUGAUCCCCUACGCCCCGCUGGCGUCCGACUUUACCGCCUAUAUGGACCCCAAGACGUCGUCAACCAAGGUCUUCGCCUACUGCUACACCGGCCUUGUCAUCCCGUCCGCCCUCCUGAUGAUCCUGGGCGCGGCCAUCGGCAGCGCGCUGCCGGCCAACCCGACGUGGAAGGCCGGCUAUGACACGUACCUGGUCGGGGGCGUGCUGGACGCCAUCCUGGCGCCGGCCGGCGGGUUCGGCAAGUUCGUGGUGGUAGUGCUGGCCUUCAGCCUGCUCGGAAACCUGGCCGCGACGUCGUACUCGGUGACGCUCAACAUGCAGCAGUUCCUGACGCCGCUGGCCCCGCGGCUGCUGCGGCUGGUGCCGCGCUACGCCUACGCCGUCCUCCUGACGGCGGUGCUGAUACCCGUCGCCAUCGCGCUGGCCCGCGACUUUUUGACCAACCUCGAGAACUUCAUCGCCCUCAUCGCCUACUGGUCGUCCGCCUUCGUGGCCGUGCUGCUGGCCGAGCACUUUUGGUUCCGCGGCGGGGACGCGGCGUCGUACGACCCCGAGGACUGGAACGACGCCCGCCGCCUGCCGCCGGGCGUCGCCGCGCUGGCGUCGCUGCUCGUCAGCUUCGGCGCCGUCGUGCCCUUUAUGGCUCAGGCCUGGUGGACUGGCCCCGUGGCCAAGGUGACGGGCGAUAUCGGCUUCGAGCUCGCCUUUGUUAUUGCGGGCCUGGUGUAUCUUCCGCUGAGGACCGUCGAGAAGAAGAUUGCGGGUCGGUGAUGAAGCUAGGGGGAGAUUCGGGAGGAGGAAACAAAAUGGGAUUAAUGCGGUGUGGGAAAAGCGGUCGGGUAAGUAAUUAUUGCAUGAAUAGUAGGACAAGGCGGUGUGCAUGGCCUGGGAUAAAUGGGUAACAUAUAGACAAGAGAUACAUACGGGGAAUGGUGGAAAAAAGAGGGAGAAAUUUUUCAUUGAUAGAAAAUAAACUAUGUGGACGUCAGUUUGACUAGCAUAUCGUACAUUCU